AUGGAGAGUAGUCAUAAUAUCAUGAAGAGUAGUCAUAAUAUCAUGGAUAGUUGUUAUAAUAUCAUGAAGAGAAGUCAUAAUAUCAUAAAGAGAACUCAUAGUAUCAUCAAGAGUAGUCAUAAUCUCAUGGAGAGUAGUCAUAAUAUCAUGGAGAGUAGUCAUAAUAUCAUGGAGAGUAGACAUAAUAUCAUGGAGAGUAGUCAUAAUAGCAUGGAGAUGGAGAGUAGUCAUAAUAUCAUGGAGAGCAGUCAUAGUAUCAUGGAGAGUAGUCAUAACAUCAUGGAGAGUAGUCAUAAUAUCAUGGAGAGUAAUCAUAUUAUCAUGGAGAGUAGUCAUAAUAUCAUGGUGAGUAGUCAUAAUAUCAUAGAGAGUGGUCAUAAUAUCAUGGUGAGUAGUCAUUAUAUCUUGGAGAGUAGUCAUAAUAUCAUGGAGAGUAGUCAUAAUAUCAUGGUGAGUAGUCAUAAUAUCAUGGAGAGUAGUCAUACUAUCUUGGAGAGUAGUCAUAAUAUCAUGGAGAGUAGUCAUAAUAUCAUGGAGAGUUGUCAUAAUAUCAUGGAGAGUAGUCAUAAUUUCAUGGAGAGUUGUUAUAAUAUCUUGAAGAGUAGUCAUAAUAUCUUGAAGAGUAGUCAUAAUAUCAGGGAGAGGAGUCAUAAUAUCAUGGAGAAGUCAUAA